AUGAAAAUCUAUCGAAUUGUUCAAAUUAAGUUAUAUGACCAUUUCAAUUUUUCAAUGCAUUUAGAACAUUUUGGUCAACCGUUUGAUAUAUUCAUGUGUUACCGAAUAUUAAUGUUGUGCAAGUGAACAAUGAUUUUCUGUGACUCUAAAAUUCAAUAGAUUUUGUAUUGAUUUUACAUUCAAAAUAUAAAAAAAAAAAUUUGUUCUGAGAAUAAAGGAAUAAUACUUUUCAAAUGGCACCAAGUAUUCUGAGUAAUUCAUCGCUACUUCUGGCCGAUGCAGUUGUUGAGCGAAAAAGUACGGAUUUUGGAACGCCAAUUCCCAAAAAAAUACACAAACGAAAACCGUAUUUUCAAACCGAUAUUGUGUGGAAAAAUGUCGCCAUCAUGACUUCACUUCACUUAUUUGCGCUGUACGGAGCAUAUCUAAUGGUGACACGACAAGCUAGCAUUUUUACGUUUAUUUUGUCAUAUGCGUACGGUUCAUUGGGUGGCAUGGGAAUUACGGCUGGCGCACAUCGUUUAUGGGCACAUCGAUCAUAUCGAGCCAAUUAUAAGUUGCGAAUUGUGUUGUGCAUUGCAAAUCUAAUCGCAUUUCAAAAUUCCAUCUUCGAAUGGGUUCGUGAUCAUAGGGUACAUCACAAGUUCACCGACACUGACGCUGACCCGCACAAUUCGCGUAGAGGAUUUUUUUUCUCGCACGUGGGCUGGUUGCUAGUGAGAAAACAUCCAGAUGUGCUUCGAAAAGGUGCCACUAUAGAUAUGAGCGAUUUAGAACGCGAUCCAAUCGUUAUGUUCCAGAAAAAAUAUUAUUUAUUGUUGAUGCCAACAUUUUGCUUCAUAAUACCAACACUGAUGCCAAUGUACAUUCUGAAUGAAACAUUAUGGAACUCGUGGUUCGUUGCGUCUGCAUUGCGAUACGUAUUGACUCUUAAUGCAACAUGGCUUGUGAAUAGCGCUGCUCAUAAAUGGGGUACAAAACCACUAGAUCGCACGAUUCCACCGUCGAACAAUGUAUUUGUUGCUGUCGCAGCGUUUGGCGAAGGUUUUCAUAAUUAUCAUCAUGUAUUCCCGUGGGAUUAUAAAACAUCGGAGCUCGGUGAUUAUUCAAUGAAUUUUUCGACGGGAUUUAUUGAUUUCUUUGCUAAAAUUGGUUGGGCCUUUGACCUGAAAACGGCAUCAAAAGAAAUUAUCGAAAGACGAUCGAUUCGAACUGGCGAUGGAACCAGACAGAAAUCGGCAGAUAUUUCGAAAUGCUCGACUGAAGAAGCCGAUGUGAAUUCAAACAUCUGGGGCUGGAAUGACGUCGAUAUGGAUGUCGAUGAUAAGAAAUGUGUCACCAUAAUCAAUCGAAUUGAAAAUGACAAGUGAUUGUACUAU